CUGUCAUGUGAUUGAUAUUCAUUUCAUUGGGCGAGAAAACUUUCGUGAUCAUUUUUUUUAGUAUUCUCAGUUGGACGUGUAUUUAAUUUUCAGUCCAUCUUUCAGUAUUACUUUGUCAAAAUGGUUGAAGCAUAUGUACCUCCUCUGAUUAUUACAUGCAUUUGGGCAUUCAUUGGCAUUAUUUGCCCGUUCUUCGCCCGUGGCCCAAACAAAGGUGUAACUCAAUGCUGCCUUAUGCUAACUGCAUCCACCUGUUGGCUAUUUUGGUUAUGUUGCUACAUGACACAAAUGAACCCCCUGAUUGGGCCCACACUAUCCAUGAAUGAAAUCAUGAUCAUGGCCCGUGAAUGGGGAAAUGAAAUCAAAGACACAAUGGAUGUAACUGUGUAAUGCAAAUUUGUUUUGUUAUCUAAUUAUUGUUUUUUGUUUUUAAAGUGUAAAAUAUACAAAUAUUCUUUUCAAUUUGCAUACUUAAAUGCCCACACCUUGAACUAAUUAAAUGUGCCUUUAUAAAGGAAAUAUAUAUUUCACUUUGGGUUAUUUAAAAGUAAAA